UAUAUAUAUAUAUAUGGGAAACGUUUCCUUAUGAGUGUUACAUACUUUCGACGAAUCUAAUAAACUCUUUUACUGUACGAGUAAAGGGUAAAGGGUAAAACCCCGCGAUUUAAAUCAAUAUAAUAUUGACUAAACAAAUUACAUCAAUAAACUUCGAAUUAUGUCGAUUACCAGAUAUUACACACUGAUUAUAAUUAUAUUUUUAUGAAUGAAAUCAAUGAGCUUUAGCUAAUGAUUUUCUGCUCAAAUAUUAUUUAAAAGGGUGUUAAUAACUUUUCCUGAACAGAUAGUCGUUCUGCAAUAAUGAUGGCACUUGUAUCCAACAGAUUGCUUCUAGCAACAAUAAUCGCUGCCAUUUUGUUGAGCUCAAACUUGAGAGGCGAGUGCGGAAGGCCAAAGUCCAGAUUUACCAACAUGCUUUGCGAAUCCUUUAACGAAUCGUAUGCAUCUUUUAAAAAAUGUAAACUUAAUUUACUUGGAAGAGGUCGCGUUGGUGCCGAUUUGUACGUAAAGCUGUUUCAACUGCCAAUACAUAAUUCAUGGAUAAAUUGGGCCAUUUACCGCCGCUAUAACGGAUUUCGUCCAUUUUUGUACAACGUCAGCGUAGAUCUCUGCCGCCUUUUAGAAAAAAACAAUUUUCUAUCGUUUGAAGGACUCGUUAUUAAUGCCAUCAUGACGCGGUCCAAUUUAAACCACUCAUGUCCGUACAACCACGACAUAAUAUUGGACAAUCUGGAAUUUUCUGACGAUUUCCUAAAAACUCUUCCCCUUCCUCAAGGCGUCUAUAAAAUACAAUUGCGAUUUGCCUCUUACAAAGUUUGGAGAGCACAGGUGACCAUUUCUUUUGAAAGAGAAGAGUAAAUUGUUUGUAAUGAAUAUUAACCAUAACCACUCCAAAUAAAUCAAAGCAAGAAUUAAUUUUCACAUAUUCUUUAUAUAUUUAGCAAUUUGUUUUGAUUACAAAGUUUACGUUCAAUACAAUAAAAUUUUCACAAUUUUCAAAUGCUUACCUUGUGCAUUUGG